AUGGCUGCCAGUGUGCAGUCGAUGUGUCAGUUGUGGAAAACAUUUGAUUUACAAGAGCUUCAAAAAGAACUUGACAUAACAGCCACAGAAUUGGCAAAUAGGCAAGAUGAGAGCGACGCGUCACGUAAGAGACUGGUCGAACUUAGUCGAGAUUUCAAAAAGAACACACCGGAAGAUAUUCGCAAAAUCGUCGCCCCCUUGCUGAAAAGUUUCCAGUGUGAAGUUGAUGCACUAUCCAAACGAAGCAAAGCCUCAGAAGCAGCCUUCUUGACGGUGUAUAAGAAACUGAUCGAUAUCCCUGAUCCUGUGCCGACUUUAGAACUUUCGUUGCAGUUCCAGAAGAAAGCCCAGAAAGUACAAGACUUUGAAAUCGAAAAUAAACAGUUAAGGGACACGCUAAAUGAAUAUAACUGUGAAUUCGCAGAAGUGAAAAACCAAGAAGUGACCAUUAAACAGCUGCGUGAAAAGGUGAAAGAAUAUGAGGAAAGGCUUGAGUCUGCUGUCGAGGCACGGGCUAAAGAAAAGGAGAAGGAACUGCAGCGCCAGUUUUCGGAAAAGGAAAGACAACUCCAAGAAAAUCAGCUUGGCUUGGCAAAAAAACUAGGUGAGGCUGAGCAAAAAGUAUCAUCACUUCAGAAAGUUUUGGAAGGUGUGCAGUCUGAAUUGUUCGAUGUUAGAGCCAAAUAUGACGAAGCAACAUCUGCCAAGUCUGAUGAAAUGGAGAUGGUUAUGGGUGAUUUGGAUCGGGCAAAUGAGAGGGCAUCCGCAGCAGAGCGAGAAGUGGAACAGUUGACACGACAGUUGGCGUGCGCUACACAAAACCUUCAUCAUGCUGAACAACUGCAAAACACUGGUGAUAUGGAUCAGGCCAUUGAUACCCUGAAGUGUUCAAGUCUGGAAGUUGAACUGGCCACAAAGGAAAAGGAAAUCUCCCAGUUGGUGGAGGAUGUUCAACGUCUACAGGCAUCCAUUAAUAAGCAAAGGGAGACAACUGAAAACCAAAUGGUAAAGUUAGAGGAAGAUGCCCUGGCUAAGACAAAAACUAUCCAGGCUUUGGAGGAGAGAAUGAGAACUCAAGGGGAUUAUGAAGAACUGAAAAGAGAACUAAACAUUCUCAAAUCUGUGGAGUUCCAGAGUGGGAUGGAAGGGGAGGAUGUCAAGGCCAAGUCACUGGAAAUGCUGUUGCUUGAAAAGAAUAAAGCUCUUCAGUCAGAGAACACACAGCUUAAGGUGAGCAAUAAAGACGUGGGUGAGCGACUAGAGAAACUCCAGGACGAGUACCUCAUGGCGGUGAACACAGUACAGGAACAAAAGAGCCUCAUUUCUCAGCUGGAGGAAGAUUUACGCAGUGUCAACGCUUUCUCAUCUAUGUUCCGUGGUGACGCUGAGGGUGCUGAUGUGGCUGUAACUCCCACAUCAGAGUUUGUUGCUGAUGCUGUCAAAGAAACCGUGCAGCAACAACUGCAGCAAAGUUCUGAGGCCAAUGCAUUAGCAGCUAAUUCCCUUCUUCCGAUUGUCCAGAGCCAGAGAGAGCGUUACAGGGUCCGUGCGCAAGAGCUUGAAGCACAAACUCUGAGUCAACAGCAACAAAUUCAGAUGUUCCAGAACGAGAUCGACAAAGUGAGAUCGGACAAUGUGAAGUUGUACGAAAAGAUCAAAUUUCUGCAGAGUUAUCCUACCCAGGGCUCAAGAUCAGGGGAUGACAUCACAGAGAGUCGCUACUCCAUGCAGUACGAAGAGAAACUGGAUCCAUUCACCAACUUCAGCAGGAAGGAACGUAUGAGGAAGUAUAUUAAUCUCAAACCUUACGACAAGAUCACCUUGAGCAUGGGGCGUUUCAUCAUGGGGAACCGAGUGGCUCGUACAAUCACGUUUUUCUACACCAUUUUCCUGCAUUGUCUUGUGUUCCUGGUUCUGUACAAGUACGGUCACAUGGAAGGGGCCAAGAGAGACAUUUCGCAGGAGUGUCAUCACAGGUUUGCUGAGCACAUGAUGAAGGAGCAUGGUGAGCACUGGAAUCCAUAACAAUGUUCUUACAGAUCACAGGAUUGUGUGACAUGAUCAUUGGAAACUGUAACAAUGUUCUGACAGCCCACAGGAUUGUCUGUCAUAAUCAUUGGAAACUGUUACAAUGUUCUGAAAGUUCACAGGAUUGUGUGACAUGAUCAUUUGUAACAAUGUCCUGACAUUUGGUGAAGUGGACUGUUAGGUGAAGUGGAUGGGAUUAUACUUGAUACAACUGUUCAAUGUAUAUUGCAUAUGUAUAGUUACAUUCAUGUACAAAUGAUUUCUCUUUCUUCAGAAAGUGAGGGCCGACAUUUAAAUUGUACAGUGAAAAAGACAAUAUACUGAGGGAUCAUACCUGUAGAGCAGUACAGUGAAAAAGACAAUAUACUGAUGGAUCAUACAUGUAGAGCUGUACAGGGAAAAAGAUAAUAUACUUAGGGGGUUAUGGUUAUUGAAAUGGUUAAGUUAUUAUUUUAUUUUCAGAGGGUGAAUUGGUAAUCUAAUUUUUAUUAACUGUGAACAUUAAGCAAAUCACACUGAAUUCCUUGUUCCUUAUCACCCGUGCGUGAUUCCUUUCCCCUUCUCCCACAAAGAGUGAGAUAAUCAUAAAAUCUAGCUGAUGUGAUAAAAAAAUUUUCCACACCCCACUCUGAUUUUCCAAUAUAUUUUGACAAGAAAACAGAGAAUUUAGGGUCAUUGGCCUUAUGUGUAGCGUAGUCUGAAUAGUUAAUGGAUUUGCCUUUUGCGUUCCAAGAGCUAGCUCACAUUUUCAAGAAUUUUCAAAUUCCUCUGUUACCAUUGUUCUCAGGAGCCUGGUGGUAGUAAAUUGUUGAUGGUGCUUUCCUGUAUAGUCAUCCAUGAAGGACACCUGAAACGUUUGGUUUUUAUUUCUCAGUUUGCAGUUAAGGAUGUGUCUCAAGAUAUAAAAGUACACAAAAUGCUUCUUAGCUUGCCAAAAGUAAACAUGGCUUUGAACUCCAGUUUACCUAAGGCACCAGCUAUCAGUCUAGAAAUUAAGUAGCUUACAGUUGUGUUGUCAUCAGUGAUAGCUGUCAAAGAGUUCAGAAUGCUAAGCUUUUCUUCGUUCUCAGUAGGUUUACCAAGGACAUCAUUAUCCAAAGUAUCAUUGGCAGCAAAUGUGCAUGAAAUAUAGUGGUAAAUAAGAAAAAUAAAACAUGCUGCAGAGAUGAAUUUUUUAGAGGUGGGGGGUGGGGUGGUACAUAUCUUUUUGCAGAAACAGUAUAAUCUUAAUUUUAGAAUGCCUUUCAAUCCAAAAAUCAAGUAAAUAAAUACAUUUACUGGUAGGUGUAUCUAUAAUAGUUUAAAACAUAUCCAUGUGCCUGACAUAUACCUGCUUUUCAGUUACUCCAUGCAUUCAUGAACACCUUUACUUGAAAGAAUGCUAUUCCCAGCAAAAUUUAAAUUCUUUAUAACGCACAAAUACUACAGUUUGACAUUUUGUGGUCACUUACCUGUAUAUGCACAAAAUGUAUCGCAAUUAGGUAUCUGAGGUGACACUUUUAAGUUCUGGGAAAAUGUAUUACAUCGAUAAUUUUUAACGAAAUAAUCAUGCUUAAUAAACUGUGAUACUCAAAUAUAUACGUUUGGUUUGCAGUGUGACUGAAAGAAACUUAAAGUGCUCUACAUAGUUUGUCCACUUAUCAUGAAAUGUGGUGAUUGGAAUUAUCUCCCCUUGUGUGUUCAGUUGAAAUACAUGAAUAUGUGUAAGCCAUAUGUCCAUGUAAUCUGUAAUGUAAUUUACUCUUUAAGGUGUGUUAGAAUGCCAUGUCUAUGGAGGGGUGAAUUUCAUUAACUGCAUUAAUACAGCAUGUAAGCUAGUUAAGUGUCUCCAGCCAAACAGGUUGUUCAUGUGUUCCAUCAGACUUUCUGUACAACAGUAGAAACUGACAUGUCUUAGAUUCCGAAAAGAAAAAAAAAUUGUGAAUAAAAACUAAUAGUUUUUGAGAUAUUAACCUAUUUUUCUGUUCUACCCAGUAGAAUAAAAGCAUACUUUCACAGGCUGUCAACAGUGAAAUUCAGGCACAAUGAUUAUCUCCCUUCAAAUUACUCAGAUUUACCCAUUCUGAUAUGAUGCAGAGUAAGGCAGUUAUAACAACUGGCCCUAUAUCUGUACCAUGCGUGGCCAACACUUUGCUGUUGCUUAUAUAAUUGAUCACAGGACACAAGAUAUAAGUAGGUUGCAAAUUAACAUACCGACAUGUAUAAUGAUCCUUAAGUUGGUUUUCUGUAAUUACAUGCUUGGACAUUUAGGCCUAUAUAGUGAAAGUGAGCAAAAUUUGAGGUCCCAAAAGGAGCUAGUUGUACAGAAGGAUUAAGUGUAUUGUUACUACUGUGUAUGCAUGUACAUGAACUGCAGGUCAGUCAUCUCUGGUUCCAUCUCCAGUAAGGUUAUUCCAUAUAUAUACACACUAUAUAUUGUGGUUAUACUGUUAGUCACUUGUAUAAUAAA